AUGCACUCCUUUACUUCCCUGCUACUUGCCGCCACUGCAGUCGUCUAUGUCAACGCUGCUCCCGCACCUGCCCCCGUCCCUCGGGCGGAUACCCAAGCCUGCUGGACGACGUAUAUCUCCCUUCCUGGGGACACCUGCGAAACAAUCGCAAUGGCAUUCAGAAUCCCCGCCUUGGAUGUUCUUGAGGCUAACUCAUUCUUGAACUGUAAUGAUAUCUGGCCUGGAACUCCAAUUUGUGUCUACGGAAAGUCUCAAGUCACGGUCACUGUUCCUCCCGCCCCAUCAAGCACGAUCGUAGGUAGUGGCACAUGCUGGACCAACUAUCGUUCGCAUCCAGGAGACACCUGCAAGACCAUCGCUGAACGAUUCGGUAUGAGCCCUGAAGCAGUGUGGAAUGCCAACCAGUUCCUGGACUGCAAUAACAUUUGGGAUGGCACUCCUAUCACAAUCUGCGAUGGUGCCCGAACGAGGACGACCGUCGUCAAUUAUACGACGGGAACAUCCCCGCAGACGUUGAGUGGUACCGUGGCCACAACCACGCGACCCUCUUCAUCUGCUCCGAGCGCAACUCCCACUACGUGCUGGACGACAUACAUCUCCAAACCGGGCGACGAUUGCAAUUCCAUCUCCGAAGCCUUCCGUAUCACUUCCAGUGACGUUUUCGACGCCAAUACAUUCUUGAACUGCAACGACAUUUGGCCUGGAACACCCAUCUGCAUCUAUGGAAAGUCACAGGUCACGGUUACAGGACUCCCUCCUUCCACGCCCACGACUAUUGGUGGUGCGGUUUGCUGGACCAACUAUCGCUCGCAGCUCUAUGACACGUGCAAAUCAAUCGGUGCUCGAUUCGGAAUCACGGCCGAGCAAGUCUACAAUGCGAACACAUUUUUGAACUGCAAUGAUAUCUGGGAGGGUACACCCAUUGCGAUUUGCAAGUGA